AAUGCCCGGCAGGGAGAUUGUCUAUCAAUGAAGUAGUAAAAGGGGGGGGCAUCCCUGGCAGAAGAGAAGGACAGGCUUCAGCCUCGGACUCUGUGGGCUUUUGGCUCGGCUCCCCGCUUCUACCCUUCCAGUGUGACCAACAGUCAGGAGACAGUGAUGAAAUUCAUCAUCGGCAUCGGAGGAGUGACCAACGGUGGGAAGACCACCCUCACCAACAGGCUGCUGAAGACCUUCCCAAACUGCUGUGUGGUGCAUCAGGACGACUUCUUCAAGAAACCCGAUCAGAUAGAUGUCGGGGAGGACGGCUUUAGACAGUGGGAUGUGAUCUCCGCUCUGGACAUGGAGGCCAUGGUCAGCACCGUGAAGGGCUGGCAGGAGAACCCGGUCAAGUUCGCCCGCUCCCACGGCGUCAGCCUGUCCUCUGACGCCGACGGCGAGGCCGUCCAUAUUCUCAUCGUGGAGGGCUUCCUCAUCUAUAACUACAAGCCUCUGAUCGACAUCUACGACAAAUGUUUCUACAUCUCCAUUCCCUACGAGGAGUGCAAAAGAAGGAGGAGCACAAGGACGUACACGGUCCCCGACCCCCCCGGCCUGUUUGAUGGCCACGUCUGGCCCAUGUACUUGAAGCACAGGAAAGAGAUGGAGAGCAACUGCGACAGAAUAGAGUACGUCGACGGAACGACGACCAAGGAAGACAUCUACAACAAAGUGCAUGAAAGUGUUCAGAAUUCCCUUCUGAACCAGUCAUAGCAGAUCCGGCUCCUGUAUAGACCUGUAAAUACCUGCAGCUGUAGGAUGAUUUGUAAAUAGAUGAUUGUGUAACUUUGUAAGGAUUCCCAGCAGACGUGUUGUGUUUUGUAUCACCAUGUGUAACUUUUUUAAACGAUAUGCCAUCACUGCACCCUCCAGUGUCACCACCUGGUCUCCUCUCCGAUCCACUGGAGUGAAGGAAUUGAUCCCUCACUACUAAACCAAAGACCUGAAAACAGC